AUGCUGUUCCCCUCAUCAAAACCCUUCACAUCUUCACUCAAACGUGGAUUCACUCCCACUUCAAAUUCAAUCAACACCUUCUUCCAUUUCCUCUUCAACCUCCGCAAAUUCAACCUAAUCAUCAACCUUUUCCAUCAAUUCAGCUACAACAAAUUCCCAAUCACCCACAAAACCCACACUUUCUUCACAUGGGCACUUCUCAAUACUCACAACAUAGAACAAGCAGAACGAUUCAUGAAGAGAAAUCCUCACACCCCAUCUCGCGCGUGGGACGCGCUUAUCCGUGGUCUAUGCUCCACGCGCCAAGAAGAACCAGAAAGGGUUCUCUCAGUUCUGAAACAUUGUUUGGUAAGUCGUGGUGUUUUUGUAUCUUCCUCCGUUUUUUGUUGCGCAAUUCAAAAACUUUGCUAUGUGGGUCAUGUGGGUAAGGCUAUUGAGGUUCUUGAGUUGAUGGCUGAGCAUAGAAAGGAAUACCCUUUUGAUGAUUUUGUUUGUAGUUCGGUGAUUUCGGCUUUUUGUAGGAUUGGAAAACCAGAACUUUCGCUGUGGUUUUUCCAUAAUGUCGUGGGAUCGAGAUCGAAAAGCUCGUGGCGGCCCAAUUUGGUUACUUGUACAGCUAUUGUGAAUGCUCUUUGUAAGAUGGGGAGAGUUGAUGAAGUUUGUGAUUUGGUUAGGAAAAUGGAGGGAGAUGGGUUGGGUUUGGAUGUUGUUUUGUAUAGUGUUUGGGUUUGUGGGUAUGUUGAAGAAAAGGUUUUGGUUGAGAUUUUUAGGAAGAUGAGAGAAAUGGUGGAAAAGGGUAUAGAUCAUGAUUUUGUUAGUUAUACUAUACUCAUUGAUGGGUUUUCUAAGUUAGGUGAUGUUGAAAAGUCUUUUACCUUCUUGGCUAAGAUGAUUAAAGAAGGGAUUAGACCUAAUAAGGUUACUUAUACGACAAUAAUGUCGGCAUAUUGUAAGAAGGGUAAAGUAGAGGCAGCAUUUGGUGUUUUCAAUUGGAUGAAAGAUAUGGGAAUUGAGUUGGAUGAAUUUGUGUUUGUAGUUUUGAUUGAUGGAUUUGGAAGAGUAGGAGAUUUCGAUCGAGUGUUUCAACUUUUUGAUGAGAUGGAGAAGAGAGGGAUUAGUCCUAGUGUCGUUACGUAUAAUGCUGUUGUGAAUGGUUUGUCAAAGUUUGGGAGGACACAAGAGGCGGAUGAGUUCUCGAAAAACGUGACUGCGGAUGUGAUUACGUACAGCACGUUGUUGCACGGGUAUACCGAAGAAGAGAACGUUUUGGGGAUUUUGCAAACAAAGAAGCUGUUGGAAGAAGCUGGUAUCUCUAUGGAUGUUGUAAUGUGUAAUGUAUUGAUUAGAGCACUCUUUAUGAUGGGGGCUUUUGAAGAUGUUUAUGCACUUUACAAAGGAAUGCCAGAAAUGGAUUUGGUUCGGAAUUCUGUUACUUAUUGCACAAUGAUUGACGGGUAUUGCAAGGUUAGUAGAAUUGAUGAGGCGCUUGAGAUAUUUGAUGACUUCAGAAACACAUCGAUAUCUUCAAAUGAAUGCUACAAUAGUAUCAUCAGUGGCCUUUGCAAGCAGGGUAUGGUAGAAAUGGCCAUUGAAGCAUUGCUUGAACUCAAUCACAAAUCUUCCGUGUUGGAUACAGGUACAUAUAGGUUGUUAAUGAAGACAAUUUUCAAAGAAAACGAUUCAAAAGUGGUUUUAGAUUUAGUUUGCAGAAUGGAAGGUUUAGGGCCAGAUGUAUAUGGUGCAGUAUGUAAUGAUUCCAUAUAUUUAUUAUGUAAAAGAGGAUUGCUCAGUGAUGCGAAUCAAUUGUGCAUUGCGAUGAAAAAGAAAGGGUUACCUGUCACAUGCAAAUCUUAUUAUUCACUUGUGAGAAGGCUUCUUUGUGGUGUUGGGAAUAGAGAGCAAAUUCUGCCUCUUUUGAAUAGCUUUCUGAAAGAGUACGGUUUAGUCGAACCAAAGGUUCAAAAGUUAAUCGCACGAUACCUUUGUCUGAAAGAUGUCGAUAGUGCCCUUCAAUUUCUUAGAAAAACAGUGGAAAAUUCUUCAGCAGUCAUCUUUCCUGUCUCCAUUCUCAAGAUUCUCAUAAAGGACGGUAAAGCUUUAGAUGCAUAUAAGCUUCUCGUUGGGGUUCAAGAUAAUUUACCAGUCAUGUAUGUUGAUUAUGCCAUCGUGAUCCAUGGCUUAUGCAAGGGAGGAUAUCUCAAUAAAGCGUUGGAUUUUUGUGCUUUUAUUGAAAAGAAAGGGAUGAAUUUGAACAUAGUCAUAUAUAAUUCAAUAAUAAACGGAUUGUGCCGUGAGGGUUGUCUUACUGAAGCGUUUCGGCUAUUUGAUUCUUUAGAGAAACUUAAUUUGAUGACCUCGGAAAUAACUUAUGCUACAUUAAUUUAUGCUCUAUGUAGAGAGGGAUAUUUGCAAGACGCAGAGCAUGUUUUCACGAAAAUGGUCAGUAACGGGUUUCAACCAAAAACACAAGUUUACAAUUCAUUGCUUGAUGCUAUAUCUAAGUUUGGACAAUUAGAAAAGGCAUUUGAGCUUCUUAACGAAAUGGAGAAAAAAUAUGUCGAGUUUGACAAUUUCACAGUUAGCGCUGUAAUAAAUUGCUAUUGCCAAAAGGGCGACAUGGAAGGAGGUCUUGAAUUCUAUUAUAAGUUCAAGGGAAAAGAUAUAUUACCCGAUUUUUUAGGGUUCUUGUAUUUGAUAAGAGGUUUAUGUACCAAGGGAAGGAUGGAAGAAGCAAGGAGUGUCUUGAGAGAAAUGCUCCAAUUCAAGAAUGUUACCGAGAUGAUUAAUAUUGUCAACAGUGAGGUUGAUACUGAGUCAAUAUGCGAUUUUCUCGCCACUUUGUGUGAGCAAGGAAGCAUUCAAGAAGCUGUAGCAGUUCUCAAUGAAAUUGCAUGCAUGUUUUUUCCCGUUCAAAAAUCAUCUACUUAUAAUCAAGGAUCCGAUAAAUCACAGAAGAAUUAUGAAUCAAAAUAUUUUGGUUUUAAAUCUUCGACCUCUCUACCUUCAUCUUGCAAAAGUGGUUUUGAUUUUGAUUUCUAUUAUUCUCGAAUAGCUGCACUUUGCACCAAAGGGGAGCUGCAGGAUGCUAAUCAAUUAGCAAAGGAAAUGCUUUCUGACAUGGCAGAGCCUAUGAAUUGA